UGUAAACAAAACAAUUUCAUACAAAACAACUCCACCCAGUUACAUUUAAAAAUUCCUACACUACACCUGUAAAAAACGAAUACAGGAUACUAAGAUACAACAUUGACUAUUAACAUCGUCGAUAGUCGUGAUCAUUAUGUUUUUAAUGUUUAAUUAAUCGUUCAGUGCCUUAAUUAUUACUUUUUGUUUAACAUUUUAUUUGUUUGUACAACAUUAUUGUUUUUUUUUUCUUUUUAUAAAUGUGUGUAAAAGUCUGAAGAAGCGCUCUGACAAAAAAUGUUUCAUCCGACUUAUUUAUUGUUUAUGUUCGUCUUUUGGACGAACGCCCAGUACGAGUGGCAACCUAAAGAUGCGGUGGAUGAAAUCCGGCAUAAAUUAGACAAAAUAAAUGCUGAUAAUUGUGGUUUUCAACCGUUGAGCGAAAUAUAUUUGCCUGAAGACACUGUGUCACAUAUACCGGAUAUCAAAGAUGUUGUGAUCAAUCCUGUAUUCCCCAACCGUACGGCUCUGUUGCAUUUAAGCAACAUGGCAUUAAACAGAGGAUUUUUCUUUAGUUAUAUAUCACAAGCCAGAUUUAUACGUCCAGCAAUCAAUGAUACAUACGAUCCAGGUAUGAUGUAUUAUUUCUUGUCGACAGUUGCUGAUGUGUCAGCUAAUUCACACAUUAAUGCCAGUGCCAUAUAUUUUGCACCAAAUAUGUCUUAUUCACCAUCUUACAGAGGUUUUUUCAAUAAGACAUUUCCCUACUUUGCUCCCAGGACAUUUCGAGCUGACGAUUUCAAUGAUCCUAUACAUUUGGAAAAAAUGUCAACCUUAAAUACAUUUACUGUCAGAGAUUUGGGCGCAUUUUCUAAUGAAAGUCUUACACAGGAUUAUACAUCAAAACAUUACGGAACUAAUGAAUGGUAUUCAAAAUGGCUUCCUGAUAAUGUUGUUGGACGACAUGAUACUAAGACUACUUACCAAGUAGAAAUUCGUUAUGCCAAUAAUACAAAUGAAACACACACAUUCCAUGGGCCACCGGGAGCUGAUGAUAUUCCCGGUCCAAUUAAGUGGACAAGACCAUAUUUUGAUUGUGGACGUAGUAACAAGUGGUUGGUGGCAGCUGUUGUACCAAUCGCUGACAUAUAUCCUCGGCAUACUGGAUUUCGACAUAUUGAAUAUCCUACUUAUACCGCUGUAUCAGUAAUAGAAAUGGAUUUUGAGCGGAUAGACAUUAAUCAAUGUCCUAUAAGUGCAGGAAAUUCUGGUCCUAAUCGUUUUGCAGAUACUGCAAAGUGUAAAGAAGAAACUACAUUAUGUGAACCAUUGGAUGGUUGGGGUUUUCGACGAGGUGGCUAUCAAUGUCGAUGUUUACCUGGUUAUCGAUUAGGAAAUACAGUUCGUCGUCCAUUCCUGGGAGAAAUUAUUGAACGGGCUACACUUGAACAAUAUUACAGUGGCGUAUUUGACUGUAAACGAAUUGGAUGGCUUCAAAGUAAAAUUGUAUUCCCAAGUCAGUUAGAUCCAUAUCUACGUGAGCAAUAUUUAGAAAAAAAUUCAGAGUAUAAAAACUUUACUCCAGGAUUAGGAUCUUUAAAAGAUUCUCAUAUUAACAUUCAUGAAGUUAUCAAUGCCAUACGAGGCGUAAAUCCAAAUAAUUGCAAUGAUUUUCGUAAGGAAGACUUACAACUUUUAGGUGACUAUGGAUUUGGAGCCCAUCAACAAUUUGCUAAUGAAGCUAAAAUGGCUGUUCGACUUGCUAACUUUAUUAGUGCUUUCUUACAAAUAUCAGAUCCAAAAGAGGUUUAUUCUGGUACAAGAGUGGCUGACAAGCAUUUAUCAGAAGAUGAAAUGAUUGGAGAAGCAUUGUCUAUUGUAAUGGCAAAUUUUAAAAUAUGGUCAGCUGGUAUAUUCUGGGAUACAAAUAAAUUUCCUAAUCGUACUCUAUUUGCUCCAUAUGCUUAUAAAACUGUGAAUUAUGGUCGUAAGGUCUUUGUUGAAGAUUUAGCGAGAUUAAACCAGUCUGAUGAAGUAUAUACAAAUAAAGAAUGGUUUACUUUUACAAAACAACGAUGGUCUACUAAUUUUGAUAGUUUAGAAAAGUUUUAUGUAAAAUUAAAAUUACGAUACACUGAAGAAGGAGGUCAUUUGAACAAAUUUGAAUAUUAUCCAACCUUUUACAGAGCUGCAAAUUUGGAUCAUGGUUAUUGGUCAGCUCCUUAUUAUGAUUGUAAUGGUCCUGCAAAAGAUUGGUUCAUUCGUUAUGCUGUUCCAUUUUUUGGCUGGGAUAGUCUCAAGGUUAAAUUGGAAUUUAAAGGAGCAAUUACAGUCACCAUGCCACUUUUAAAUUUGGACAUAAAUCAAUGUCCCCACAAAUUUUAUGAACCCAAUGCAUUUAAAGGAACACAUAAAUGCGAUCAACGUAGUUCAUAUUGUGUACCAAUACAAGGGCGUGKUUAUGACACCGGUGGUUACAAAUGCGAAUGUAUACAAGGUUAUGAAUUUCCAUUUGAGGAAGAAGAUUUUACUUAUUUUGAUGGCCAAAUGAUGGAAGAUGAAUUUAUGCACAUGUUACAUAACAAUAAAACUAGGUAUGAUACUUUCAAAUGUCGUAUAGCUGGAGCUGCACUUCCUCUUAGUAAUGUUUUUUAUGUCAUGACAUUAGUCUUGUGUAGUUUAUUAAUGUGGGCUUAAUAGCUAGAAUUUAAAUUAGACUGAUGUGUUCUAUCAAAAAUGUAUUAUUUAAUUAUAUUAUAAGUUAAAUUGAUGUUUGAAAAUUACCAAAAGUUAUAGAUCAAUAACCUUACAAAUAUUUUAUUUUUAAUUUCAAUUAAUUUUGACUGAAUCUCUACUAUGAAACUCAACAUUUGAUUUGACAUACAUAUUCUCAAUAAAAUUAAGUUUUUAUGGAUACCUAAUAUUUUUAAUAGAUUACAUAAAUGUAUUUUUUAUACUCUUUCUUUAAAUUUAUCAUUUAUUUUAUUUUUAGUUUUUGUAUCUUGUUACAUAAGUUAAAACUGACAAAUGCAGUGCAUGCAUGAUGUAUGUCUUAAGUUUAAACUGAAUCCGUCCAUUAAAUGUGAUCAAAUAUUAAUUUUAUUUACGUUUAUGUUGAUAAUUAAGUUUUUAAUUCUCAUAUAUUCUUACUUCUAAUGUAAGAAACGCAUCAGUAUUUUUUUUUUCUUUUUUUUAUGAUACAAUAUUGUAAUAAUCAUUUUUAUAAUUUGUAUUUUGUUUAUAAUCAUGUUAAUCAACAMACUUAAGUUGACAAUACUUAGAUGGACUAUAUAAACUAAUAUUAUAUAAU